AUGCAUACACAUCAUCCAACAACACGAAGUUCAAGCACAACAUUAAAUGAAUUAAUGAAAAAAACUCCAUCACCUCGUCGUCAAACGACACGUUCAACGUCUAAUAUAAAUAAAGAUAACUUAACAUCUACAAAUAUUCAAGUUAUUAAACCGGUUGCUGUACGUCCACCAUCAUCAGAUUCAAUACAAAAUCCAUAUAAUUUACGUUCACGCACUAAAUUAAAGAAUUGUAAUAUUGAAGUUAUACCAUCAUUUACAGAAAAACUUUCAUUAGAUACACCACAACAGAAACCGGUGCCACCAUUAACUCGUGCUGCUGCUGCAUCGGCCGGUGUUAAAAUUGAUUCAUUAAUGCAUGAUGAAUCAAUAAAAACUAGUAACAAUAAUAAUAAUAAUAAUAAUAAAAUUUCAAUAAAUCCUCAGCAAUCAACACGUUCGAGUACAACUCGUAAACGUAAAGCAAGCGAAGAUGAUCAUAGACCUUAUUUAGAUUUACUUAAAAUGAAACAGAUGACAAGACGUGCCGAUCAAGACUGUAUUGGAGGCGAUGAUGAAGAUAGCGGAUGCGAUUAUGAUUCUCCAGCUCAUUCUCCGGUCGACUUCACGGAUGUUCCUCCCGGUCAUGUACUUCACUUUGAAGAGUCAAAUAUGUCCUAUGAUUCGGGUUUUAGUGCUGGAUCUGGUGAAGCAAAUAAUCAACAAAGUUUAUCUGAAUAUAGUCAAUCAUGUUCUUUAUUAGGAAUAAAUAAUAACAGUGGAAUUUCUACUCGUAGUAGUACAAUAAAUUCUAACAAAUAUCCAGCAGCUAUUGAUCUUGAUGUUAAUGCUAUUGAAGGAGAUCUCGGUUUCUAG